AUGGGGACCUUUCUUCCUCGCAUCCAGUCAGUCUUCUACGCUGGGUUUGAUUUAGUCGCUGGUCCAAAAAUUAUCUGCCAAGUUCCCGAGGGCCUUAUCACCGUUCCGCAACCUGCCCCAAGCUCCACCUUUCCAUCACUUCCGCCAACCCCCUCAUCUGAAUCUGCGCCAUUCUUGUCCGCAGUUGUGUCCCCUGCAGAAAUCAGACCAAAUUCCCGUAACUUCAGUUCACCUCAAGGCAAAGUAUCGAAUAACCAGGCACCGUUGUUCAAUUUUGAGGAAGUCUCGAAACUUGUGAUUCCUGGACCAGCGCUUUGCGGUAGGCUGGUUAUCUGCGCCACAAAAAGGCACCGUAUUAUGGGGUUCCCCUCUCAGCUGAGAGGAAAGUAUCAACGCAACUUCUUUCGGUUCAACCUAUGCUUUGUGUUCGAGCGGACCGCAGAUCUGAGUUGCUAUGAGCCUAUCGUACGAAAGAUAAGCCGAGUGCUUGCUUCAUGUGAGGAAGAGUCGGAAUUUCUCUCAACACCUGGUAACGAGGUCGCAAUUCAUGCCAUUAUUGAGCAACUAUACGAGGACCUAAAUUCCUACUCUGAAACGUCGAUUUCCAUAGACCAAUUUAACUCUAUUGAGCUGAAAAUUUUUCCCUUUUACCCAAAUCCUCCAGCGGUGAAGGACUGGAUGGUGCCAAUUGCGCUCAUCAAUUUGGUCAGACGAAUUGAGGAUAAUUGGGAUCUGACUAUGUCCAAGGUAUGUGUCAACCACGUCAGUAGGAUCGCUCAUUUGGCAGAUUGUGAUGUUAGUUUAACUCGUGAAGCCAUCUCGCAUCUCCUAUACUAUCAAGUUAUCAUGACUAUUGAUAUUUUUCAGUACUCGAACAUGUACACUCUCCGAAAGAGCAUUCAGUGGCUAGCAGAUGAAGCUCAUGUAAAGGAAGAAUGCGGGCCUUAUUCCACGAAACCUGGGUUCCCAAUUCCCGAUUGGCCAAAGCUUUUACAUCUGUAUUCACGAAUGAAACCAGGACGAACGGUGCUCGAAUGGUUGGAGGAGUACAAAGUCCAGGAGCUUGGGAUCGAUGUUCGACGCUUUACCAGUUUUGGCGUUAUCAAAGGUUUCUUGCGGAGAGUGCAUAGAUAUCCCAUUUUUCUGCCAGAGUCUUCAAAAUCUAUAACUCAGUCCCCUAUCAGUGACGGUAAUACUCCCUUUGGUCCAAAUCGAACACGAGUAAGGUCUCUGACCGGCAUGUCACUCGGACUUCCCAUCCAAAACUCAGAAGGCUCCCCUCAAGGACAGCAUCUGCUGCGAGGACGCAGCUCCCAUACGGCUGUGGCGGCGACAUCCCUUAGCCCUGACCAGGCUACGAGUGCUCCUCCCACUCCGCGUGGUCAAAUAAACCCUACCGCCACAUCCGUCGUUGAAUCUAAUGCAUACUCUAGACCUCGUCGACCAAGUGCUGCUGAGAGAAUCCUCGAGUCAGUGCGAAACCGAGAUCAAAACUUGACUCGUUCUCCUGCCAGCCCGCGAACGGCGUGGAUUCAUUAUCCCCCUGAUCCACCUUCGACGUCUACAGUGAUUCCUGGAAUCACAGCCACGGCGAGUACUCCCAAGGAGAAUUCAAACAACCUUGCGCAAAAUCUUAGAAUGGAUUCUGGAUUAGUUGUUUCUCGACGGCAGUCUCUUAUACCUCCCGUGACGGCGACCCAUGUUCCUCCAAAUUCUCCUAAUAUUCCUCGGCUUGCACUAAAUCCUGCACCUCGACCACAAAUGGAGAGGUCCCCCUCAGCUCCAAUCACCAGGACUUAUAAUGCAAAAAGUGCAUUAGCCCCAGUGCCACUUGCGUAUCCAACAGAUUUACUGGAAUUACUUGACGGGGAGCACCAUACGGAUGAGGUGGCGGUCAAGUUCGAAGCAGGGUGGCCUUUGCUAGAGGAUUGGCUGAGAAGAGUUGGUGAAGACCACAAUGGGAGAGUUCUCGUCAUAUACCGAUGA